UCGGAUGGUGCAGUGUUAACAGGCUUAAUAUUAAUAAUCAUUGUGGUAGAAAAGAAUUGGACUUUAUUGCAUAUUCCUCUAAAUUAAACUAUUGCGGAUUUUGAAUUAGAGCACGUGUGCAAAUAGCAUUUGAAAUCUAUUUUAAAUCCGAAAUGAAUAAUUGAGAGGAAUGUGUGGGAGAGAAAAGUGUUGUUUAGUUAUAAUUUAUAGUUAUACAUGUAUUCACAGAUUCAAGCGACAGUGCGUCUGAUUUUUGGGUUAUCAGACAUUGAGUGUGACAGUAUUAUUUUUAACUAAGUGUUAGGGAAAAAAACAUACCUAGCAUCUUUUACAUUUCCAGUGGGUUCUUUCUACAUGGACAAUAUCCAAUUGUGGUAAAGAUUUAGAACAAUAACUUAAAGCAAAAACGAUUUAUGAUACAGUAAACCACAUUAUGAUUAAAUAAUAAAAUCCUAUCACUUUCGAUAGAUCAGAUUGUUCCGCCUUCUUAAACUUUAAAUGGUAUAGAGGCAGUACUUUGUUUAGUAGUUAAAGCUCAAGUAAAUGUAGCCAUAAAGGGGUAGAUUUUUUUUUUAUUGCUUGUGACAUGUUCAUUUAUAUUUUUGUAAACAUUUAUCCAUAUAACUUGUAUUGCUCAAGCAUCCACGUCAGUUUAUGUAUUCUUUGAUUGUGAUAUUUUACAUCUCCUUCAAAGGUUUGUAUAGUAUAUAACGGAUAUUUUUAUAUAUUGUUUUGUCUCAACAGGUGGAAAAUCUUGUGUCAAAUUUGCUGACGUUUUCACACCUCUACUGGACUAAUCCUUUAACUAGUACUAACACUAGUCAAUGUCGUCCAGUGAUUCUUAAGAAUCUUCUCCACUGAUUGAGGGAGCUAUUGAUGAAAUUGUGUAGGAUUUGGAUUCAGGAUAGCUAUGUACAGAAAUGUCAAGAUGAUAGUAUUUUGAAGUAGAAAACUAUAAUAAUUAAGAAAAAUAAUUUGCAGAUUUCGCUCCUUUUUAGGAAUGAUGUAGUUGACAGGAAAAGAUCAUGAGGCACAUAUAUGUAUCACACCUAAAAAUAUACUACAGUCAUCAUGAGCUCAAAAAGAAAAUGGUAAAUAGAUAUUGCAAAAUCUUUAUUGUAAAAGUGUUUUAUCCUUGUGUUAAGUUAAACAGAAAAACUAUUAACUUAAAAUAAGUAUUUAAAGUUCUUGUGCUAUAGAAAGGACAUCAAUUCAACUCACUUUUCACAACUACCAACUUUUAGAAAGGCACAAAUGUUCCUCAGUCUGUGUUGUACUCAAAGAAAUAGAUUGUGGAGUGAUGUAUUAGAUGUGUAGAAUGAAACAUAUUUGUUGUAGAAGUUAUUUUCAGUUGUUUCUCCACUUAAUAUAAGUGAUGAUGAUAUUUUUUGUAGCGGUACUGGAUCAUUGUGUUACUUAUGCAUCUCAUUAAAAACAAACAAAUCAACAGGACUAGAAUCUCCAAAAAAAGAGCUUCCCAUGAAUAAAAAUGUCAUUGAAUUCAUUUAGAAGUUUUCAUCUUCUGUUCCAGAAGGAGUUGAAGAUUUAAAAGUUGUACACGUGCUCCAGGAAUAAAAAUGUCAUUGAAAACAUCAAUACAAUUUAAAAGUUUUACCUAGUUUUCCAAAAGAAAUUGAAGAUUUAAACUUUUUAAGUGUUAUUUUAUAAACAACUCUUCAUAUACAUGUACGUGCGCAUGUUUGUAAAAAUACAGUUCAUUCAGUGAUGAGUUUCGUAUCUACUAGUUCUUUAAAUAAAGCCACUAAUAUGUUUCCAGUAUUUUUAAAUAUAAUCAGUAUAGGCUGUGCUGGUGCUUCUGUAAACAAGUGAGAUAUGGAUUCCACUUACAAAAUUGUAUGAGUGAAAGAAUUAUUAUUUAAAGUUCAGGCCAUUUUUUUGGUGGAAAUAAAUUAGUACAAAUGUUUGAUAAAAAAGUUAUGAAAGUUUCUAAAAUUAAUAUGUACAACUGAAAGUGAAGUAUUGGUUCAAGAAACCUCGAAAGAUAAAGAGCCAUUUUCUGACAUUUGGAGUAACCAAGAGUUCAUCCAACAAGAAGUUCGUAUUGAAUCAGAAUAAAAUUUGGAAGUAGGUCAUCUUGCUUAUUCUGAAAGUGCUGAACAAAAACUAAGAAUCUGAAGUUUUUAAAACGUGUUUCACUGGAGAGAUAUGAGUAAAACCAUGAUGCUCAGUGCAAAUGCUAACUUUGUAGCUUCAGAGAGCUCGACUAUUUCAAGUUCCACUUCCGAUGAUGGAGGUUUGGAGAUCCAACAUUGUGAUGAUGAUGAUGAUUUUGCUGCUUUUGAGUCUGCUGAAUAUUCAUCUUCUUUGCUACCAAAUUCCUCAGUUGGAACAAUGUCUUCCAAUGAGAAAUUGAAAGAACAGUUUAUUACAGCAUUUCCAGGCAAAGUGUUGGAAGAACAUACCAUUCCAAAGUUGGGACAAGAUGAUCAUAAAGAUUUGCUCCUCGGUGAUCAUUCGUCAAGAGGUCGUAAGCUGUGGGAGAGACUACGAAGUGUAGAAAAGACCCCUGCACGUCAGUUCCAGUGGGAACAAUCCCAGUCAUGUCAACAGCUACUACGUUCUCUGAAUGUUGACACCAGGAACAUAUUAUGCAAUCCUUCAGUUUCUCUAUCUAUGUCGGGUCUUGGCCUUCUGGAGCUCCCUAGAAGGCCAGCAUUAAUUAAUAGGUAUGACCAAAACUCGCCUCCAGCAGAGCCAUUAGACUUGGCAGAAAGAAAUUCUGGAGUAUGCAGUGGCUUUCAAAGUUUCUAGGUUGUUAUUUUUUGUAGAAUUUUAAGAAUCAAAGAAAAUGAAUGAUUAAAAACUCACUAAAUAAUUUAGCACAUUUUUAUAAAUCUCUGUUUGUUUUGGAAAAUCUUUAUUUUUUUGGUUUUCAUUAUUUAAAAAUUUCCUGUUUGACAGAGAAACCUCUGUAAGUAACUAUGUGCUUUACCGUGCUAUACCUAUAUUUUUCCGAGAUCUUUUGAACUGUCAUUCUAAGUUGUAAUAACAUUUCUUUAGUAUGGUAGGUGCCCUAUCUGAUCACCAAGCUUUCUACAUUUUCAAGAUUGUAAGAAUUUGUAUAGAUUCUUAAAUUUUGUUUUUAUUUAAACAUGUUUUAUAAACAGGAUAUAAUACAAAUAUAAAAUUACCUUUUCAAACUGCUGAGACUUCUUACGGUCUGGAGUUCAUCAUAACCACGUAUUAAAAAUCUGUAUUGAGUCAGUUGCAUCAUAUAUUAACCUUUGUUUCAUCAGCUCCUAAGUCCUGGUGGUUAGUGCACUCAUGCAAUCUGUGAGUCAUGGGUUCAAAUCUCCAUCACCAUAUUAAAAAUCUGUAUUGAGUCAGUUGCAUCAUAUAUUAACCUUUGUUUCAUCAGCUCCUAAGUCCUGGUGGUUAGUGCACUCAUGCAAUCUGUGAGUCAUGGGUUCAAAUCUCCAUCACCAAACGUGCUUACCCUUUCAGCCAUGGGGUGUUAUAAUAUUACAGUCAAUCUCACUAUUCAUUGGUAAAAGAGUUGACUGAGUGGUGUUGAACUAACUACCUUCCCUGUGGUCUGUCACUGAUAAAUUAGGUACAGCGUCCAUAGAUAGCUCUCUAGUAGGUUUGUACAAAAUUCAUAAAGAACAAACAAACAAAAUCAGCUCUUAAUAUUUGUUCAGUAUGACUGGAUGACAAGUGGGCUUGUUAAUCUACAAGGUCACGUAGACUCAAAAAAAACAAGUAACUCUGUAAUCCAUGACAAAAAGGACAAAAUCAACUUUUUGUUUCUAGCUAAAUACAAAUGGAAAAGGUGUGUUGUAUAAACAUUCUACACAUUUUCAACCACUAGAUUAUCGAUUGGUUUCCCCCUGUCCUGUUAGAAAUCUAACUAAAUCUGCUAUCAAAAUAUCGAGAGGUCCUCUUAAGAUCCUGAUUAGAAUAUUGGCACAAUAUUGUUCAUAUAAAUAUAUUUUAAAGGCAUACCUAGGAAAGCUUUUACUCUUUUUUUUCCCUACCCUUUUAAAUUAUAAAUAUAACAUUAGCCAGAAAAUACAAUCCUACAGAUCCCAAUAAUGUGCUUCUUCUUUAGUAAGGCAUGGCUUGAUUUUCACAAUGCUGGACUGUGAAUCCAAGGGUCCAUGGUUUUCAUGACAUUGCUACAAAAAGUACACUUCAUACUUUAUUAGUGGCAAUCAAAUCUCAAUUUGUGAUUAGAGUUGACAGUAAAUGUUGUUGACUAGCUGCCUUCCAGGGUUAUACUGAUAUGUUGUGGUUCCCACAAGCAGUAUACGUACU